AUGGCUCCUGAUGCCCAUACGCACCAGCAGCCCUGCACUUCCCCAACCUCGGCCAACGCGGCCCUCGGGCAGACGUGCGGACUCACAGCCGGCCUGACGGAACACUUCGGCCUAGGUGACAGCUGCAUCUCCCACUGUAACUGGCUGGCACCCUGGCCGUCGCCUCCGUCCCGAGCAUCAGCCUACGUCGGCGCUCCCAGCGGCCCUCCAGACCGGGGAGGCUGCAGCGCUCCAGCCCGGCCCGAGCCCGAGUCAGCACCGGCUCCGAAGGCGCCCGCCCCGCCCCGGCCACCCGCGCACUGGCCCCGAGGCCACCUGAUCGGCACACUUCCGAAAGACACGGGGCCCCGCUGCAGGCGGACCCGAGUGCGAGCCCGGCAUCCACGGCUUGCGCGUGAUCGGGCCUGGCCUGCGGCCCCGGGCCGCCCCGGCUCCUGCACCCCCGAGGCCCGCCGCCCUUCCGGGGGGCCCGCGCGGCCGGCCGCUCCUGCCCACGGACAGCCGGGAGGCGGCGGCUGGGAAGAGGGCGGGAGGGCCCGCGAGCAGCGCACUCACCUCCCAGCCGGCCCGCCGCAGCCGCGCAUCCGCUGGACCAGGCCUGCGGGACAGGAGGCCGGCUGGGCGGGGAGUGGCACCCGCGCGGGCAGCGCCGAUUGGCCGCCGCGGGCCCCUCCCCGCCUCCGGAAGCCCCGCCCCCGCGCGGGGAGGGAGGCAGGGGCUGCGCGCGCACGUCCUAUUGCGGAAGCCGCUCGGGCCGAGUUACGUGAUCCGACGUACGUUGGGGCCGCGCGUCGGUCCGGCCGUACAGGGUGGCGCCGCCCACCGCCUGCCAAGUUCUGCGCCUGCGCAGAAGGCCGCAACGGCGACCCUGCGGCUCUCUGCGGCGCGGCGGGCGGGGCUGGCGCAGGCCCCAGAGGUCACGUGAGCGGCGGGCGCGGUCACCUGGGGUCCGUGCCUGGCUGCUGGCCUCCGUCGCCGGCGGUCUGCGUGCUGGCGUGCCUGGGCGGACACAGCCUCUGCGUGCGCCGGGACCUGGUCCGACUGGCCCUCGAGGGGCGGACCACGCCCCCUGUCCCCGCGGCGCGGAUCAUUGUCGGGAGGCCUCGGCGCGCACACGGCCUGGCGAGUCGUCAGGGACUCCCCGGAACCGCGGCCUUGGGAACAGUUCCUGCCCUGGGCUCCGAGUCCUGUGGCUCAGGGCCGUGCUGUGCCGGCCCGACACGGCCCCGGUCACACCCGCCGAGGGGACCCCUGGGCUCAGACCCGGGUCUCAGUGCGUUCCGACCUCGGGCCGGCGCCGGGCCGCCGCCAGGCUCCGCGAGGGCACUGCCCCUUCCCGCGGCCGGCGCGCCUGCCUCGCCCGCCCCCUGCGCCCGCCCCCUGCGCCCGCCCCCUGCGCCCGCCCCCUGCGCCCGCCCCCUGCGCCCGCCCCCUGCGCCCGCCCCCUGCGCCCGCCCCGCCCCUCACCUGUGCCGCUACCGCCCGCCCGGCAAGUCGGGCCACGCCCCUUACGGGAGGGCAGGACCGCAGCACUCGCUGCUCAUUGGCUGUCGGGCAGCCUUACAAUUGGUCCUGGGCGGUCGCAGGAUAAUGACGUCAGCCUCCCUGCGUGAGACCACGAGCCCGCUGGGCGGAGACGCUGGAGCCGUCGGCGGGGCGCUUUGGACUCUGAGGGUCGCGGGCGGCCUCCGCGCAUCGCCGGGAGAGCAGCAGCCCCGGGGCCGAGGCCGUGGCGACCCGGAGCCCGGGCGCAGGGUGGGCUCUACCGAGGAACGACGUCGCCGCCUAGUGGGGGACCCAUCGCUGUCUCCUCUUGCCUCCCCACCCCCACCCCGGGCCUGGGCGGGCUCUCUGCCCCAAGAAGAACUGCGCGGCUGGAAGCUCUUAAGGGUCCUGCGGUCCUGCAGGCUGGACUUUUGGGGACAAACCACUGGUCACGAGCGGGCUCGCUUGACCCCGCCCGGCGCUUCGAGGCAGACCUCGGGCAGGAAAUCGGGUCCACAGGGCAAAACCUUAAAAAUCGACCGUGGGGUGUGCCUCCAGCCCCCUGCAGACUGGGUUCUGUCGGCGCCUGGCCCUCGGGUCUGUUCUCAGACGGAGGAGAAGGAGGAGCGCAGGCCCCACGGGUACCUCGGGCGUCUCGGGGAGCAGGGACGGUCCGGGCUGCGCCCCGCCGUGCCGAGCCGUCGGCUGUGCCCCGGCGGCAGCCUGCCCUCGGUGGACACCGCCCGGUGGCCGCUGGCGGGACGUGGGGCGCCCACGGAGCAACGCGGCGCUGGGCGCGCGGCGGGCGCGGCCUGGGGGCCUGGCGUCUGUCGGGCAGGGUUCCCGCGCCCAGGACUCCCCGUGUGUCGGGCCCCUGCCCCGUGA